AUGGAAGUCACACUAGAAUUUGUUAAGGAACUGGCUUAUAAAGCCGGAAAAGAGAUAGUGAACCGACGAAAGAAUGCGCUCGUUUUUUCGCAGAAAACAUCGGUGUCUGAUCUGGUGACUAGCUGCGAUGUUGCAGUGGAAAAGUUCAUCAUGCAGGAGGUGCGCAAGAGUUUCCCCGACUCGAAGUUUUUCGGCGAGGAGUGUGAGCACGUGGAACUGACCGAUGAGUUGACCUGGGUGGUCGACCCGAUUGACGGCACGACCAACUUCAUUGCAGACAUUUGUUUGUAUAGCGUGAGCAUAGCGGUGCUCGUCAAGAAAGAAAUUUUGUACGGCGUGGUGUACGUCCCGACAAUCAACGAAAUGUUCUACGCAGAAAAAGGCAAAGGCGCGUUUUGCAACGGCAAGCGGAUCCGCUGCAACGAGUCCAAGUGUUUAACGCAGUGUCUUUCGUGCACCGGGUUUUGCGCAGGGCACAUCAAGCCCAACCCCCGCGACGACGAGAAGCGGGCCGCGCUGCGCAGCGCGUUGUCGGACGUGGUUUGGGCCAACAGCAAAGCGUUGGCGUACCACACGCGCGGCUUACGGCGUUUCGGCUGUUGCAGCGUGGAGCUGUGCUACGUCGCCUGCGGGAAGCUCGAUAUUUUUUGCGAGCUUGGUCCGCACGAAUGGGACGUCGCAGCGGGCAUACUGGUUCUUGAAGAGGCAGGCGGCUUCGUGACAGACAUAGCGGGCGGGCAGCGCGAACUGGACAGCCGCAGCUUUCUUGGCUGCUGCAGCGCAGAAAUUAGUCGCGCGAUAGGCAGCAAGCUAAGCGACUUUCCAGAGAUUAAGCACUUUUAG